CUUUUAACGGGCGCCAGGGUCACAUGAGCGUGUGUACAAGGCACAAGGCUGCAUCACUGAAAGGCACUGCUGUCGCCUGCCGUCUGGUGGUAAGAAAUUAAGACGCGCCAUACUCUAGGAUAUGUUUAGCUCCGUUACAAGGAACCCCACACCUGUUGGUGCAGGUAAACUUUUUAUUAAACAUAUAACUGCAGGAUUUAAAAUGCAACUUAGACAGCGUAAUCGGAUAAACAUAGAUGAUAAAUGCUCCAUUGUAAGUGAACCAAGGUGCGUUCGAAAGCGCGCAAGUCUGUGGCCGCACCUUCGGUCGCCAUAGGUGCGCAAGAAGAGCGCAGAGUCUGGAGAAAUAUGAACCGUGGAUAUGAGGCUCUGGUUCUAUAGAAUUUGGAUUUUUACAUUUUGAAAUCGCAAGAUGAUACGUUUCCUGCUGCUCUUCAGUCGUCAGGGCCGCGUGCGCCUACAGAAGUGGUUUACGGCUCUUAGCGAGCACGAGAAGAAGAAGGUUGUCAGGGAAAUGUCCCUCGCUGUGCUCACCCGACCCCCCAAGGCCUGUAACUUCUUACAGUGGAAGGACCUAAAGGUCGUCUAUAGAAGGUAUGCCAGUUUGUAUUUCUGCUGCGGUUUGGAGCAGCGGGACAAUGAACUGCUGACCCUGGAGAUAAUCCACAGAUAUGUUGAGCUGUUGGAUCAAUACUUUGGCAAUGUUUGCGAGUUGGACAUAAUUUUUAACUUUGAAAAGGCAUACUUUAUCCUGGAUGAGUUUAUUAUUGGUGGAGAGAUUCAGGAGACAUCUAAAAUGUGUGUGGCCAAAUCUAUGGAAGAGGCAGAUGCAAACCAGGAGACAAGGGAAGAGUUUGUAAACAAACCCACUUACUGAUGACAAAAAGCUGUCCAAUUUGUUUGGAUGUGAACAUGUGAGCAAGUCUACACAGGACAUCGAACUAAGACUCACAAUGCUAAUUCUCAGGAAUCACAUUAAACGGUGCUUGGAAUUGUGUAUGACUUUAUCAGCUCUUGACCACUGAAAAUAAUCCUGCUGACCUAAAAUGAUCUACUGCUUGUCUAUAGAAUUGUGUUCACUGAGGUAUGUAAAUUCUAGAUUAGAGCUCCCUUUGGAAAUGUGCCAAAUGUAAUGCGAGCCCCUCGUGUAGCACUGCACCAUGUUAGAUUUCAAUGCACCUCCUUAAUCUGAUAGUUUUCCCAGGAAGAUUGAACCUCUGCCAAUUCCUGCCUUUCUUUCUUUUCCACUUUAUUAAAUUACUGAUUUAUGUCUGUAACAGUCAACAGAAAGCAUGUAAUGUUAACCAGGGCUUGACCAGGAGAUUCAAGUCGUAUAGUUUCUUCUUGCCCAGUUUUCAAAAAUUGAACAGAAGGCUGUUGGGUGUCACUGUCAAAUGUAAUGGUCACUGUUUUCUUCUUUUACUAUUUAUCGUGAUUGGUCAUAUUGUAUGAAUGUAGCAAUAUUGUAAUGCCACUUUCAGUUAUUUAAUUCACAUUUCACACCACUAUAUAUUUCACACUAUAGAACGUUUUGCUAAUUCCUAGCAGUUUCCACAAUCCAAUUCAUAUAAAACGUUAUAAAUGAUUUAUGUUCUCAUUGGUGCCAGGUAUUAUAUCAGUCCCUUUUCUUUGAACUUAAUUCCUGUGAAAUCCAGUGGCAACUCUCUCAUGCGUACUAACUGGUGGGAAACUUUGGUAAGGUGCUGCUCUGAUUACAUCAGAUCCAUGCUACCUUUAUCAGGGCCUGUCCACUUACUCAAUUUCCUUUAACAACUUGCAUGUUUGAAUAGUGAAUGUAUGUUCUGCAAUCUGCUUGUUCAUUUGUAGGUAUGUGGCUGAUGUCAGCAUCAGUUGGCUAGUACAACAGUGAGAAACAUUUACACAAUUAAAGAACCAUGACAUGAGCAAAUUCUUUAUUUACCUCUAUCUUGUCACAAAUAACUGAAUGCACCAAACAAGGCUGAUGGAAAACUACACGUGUGUGUGUGUGUGUGUGUGUGUGUGUGUGUGUGUGUGUGCGUGUGUGUGUGUGUGCAAGGCCUUGACAGAGGCUCAAGCUAUUUACACUGUUGCAACUAGUACAAGAUUUCAACAAUAACAACGAUCUGACUUUGAAGCACAUAGGUUGUGUAGGUAUCAUACUCAAAAUGUCUCUACUAAAAGAAAUAAAAGACAAAAAGCUAGAACUUUA